AGAGCACAUCAAGUGUCCAGAGAAAGUGUUAAGUUGUCCGAUGUAAAAGAGAAUAUCAAGACAAGAUGAACUAGCUGGAGGGAAAUCCAAGUAAUACAGAGAGGGAUAUAUGUCUGGAUUCUGACCUUCAUGCAAUGAUGGUACAACAAAAAACAGCCAAAGAAGCGAGAGAGAAGGAAUCCCCUGUGUCUGGAAAAAAGGUCUUUCAUAAAUCAACUGUGGGUGACCAUGGUACAACCCAUGAAGCAAAGAAACAACAUAAAUGCCAGGAGUGUGGAAAGAGAUUCAAGAGCAAUGCUGACCUUUGUGCCCAUCAAAGGACGCACACAGGGGAGAAGCCAUUUGACUGUCCAGAGUGUGGGAAAGCAUUUAGUCAGAAGGGAACACUUACUGCCCAUCAAAGAAUCCACUCAGGGGAGAAACCCUUUGAAUGCUUCGAUUGUGGAAAAAGGUUCCGCCAGAAGGGUGCAUUUCAAGUGCAUGAAAGAAGACACACAGGGGAGAAGCCAUUUAAAUGCAUAGAAUGUGGAAAGGCAUUCUACACCACUAGUGACCUUCGAGAGCAUCAAAGAACUCACACUGGGGAGAAGCCAUUUAAAUGCUUGGAGUGCAGAAAGAGCUUCAGCUUGAAGAAUGGCCUGAUUGCACAUCAAAGAACACACACAGGAGAGAAGCCAUUUGACUGUCUGGAGUGUGGAAAAGCAUUCAGUCAUAAGGGAACACUUACGGCCCAUCAAAGAAUCCACUCUGGGGAGAAACCCUUUGAAUGCUUCGAGUGUGGAAAGAGAUUCAAAAAGAAGGGUACCCUCCAAGGGCAUCAAAGAACACACACUGGGGAGAAGCCAUUAAAAUGCUUGGAGUGUGGAAAGAGAUUCAGGGAUAAGCAUGACCUUGCUAGACAUCGAAGAAUUCACACAGGAGAGAAACCGUUUAUUUGCCUGCAGUGUGGAAAAGCAUUUAGGGAGAAAGGGGCUCUUACUGUCCAUCAAAGAAAACACUCUGGGAGGAAGCCAUUUAAAUGCCUGGAGUGUGGAAAGGGAUUCCACUGCCUUAGUGUCUUUCAAGAUCAUCAAAGAAGGCACAGAGGGGAGUCACCAUAUAAAUGCCUGGAGUGCGGAAAGAGCUUCAGCUCGAAGAAUGGCCUUACUUUACAUCAAACACUGCACACAGGGGAGAAACCAUUUAAAUGUUUGCAGUGCGGAAAGAGCUUCAGGAGGAAGGUGAACCUUGCAGUACAUCAGCAAAUUCACACAGACCAGAAACCAUUUGAAUGUUCACAGUGUGGAAAGAGAUUCUUUUCCAGGCAUAGUGUUAGAUGUCAUCAGCUUAUUCACAGAGAAGACAACCCAUUUAAAUGUGUGGAGUGCGGAAAAGCUUUCAGCGAUAAGCAUGGCCUUGCUAAACAUCAACGAAUUCACACAGGAGAGAAGCCAUUUGUCUGUCUCGAUUGUGGAAAAGCAUUUAGUCAGAAGGGCAUUCUUACUGUCCAUCAAAAAACGCACUCUGGGGAGAAACCAUUUGAAUGCUUGGAGUGUGGAAAGAAGUUCAGGUGGAAAGUGAACCUUGCAACACAUCAGCAAAUUCAUGCAGAUUCAAGAGAAAAACCAUUUGAGUGUUUGCAGUGUGAAAAGAAAUUCUUUUCCAAGCCCAGCCUUACACGUCAUCAGCUUAUUCACAGAGAAGACAACCCGUUUAAAUGUCUGGAGUGUGGAAAGCUUUUCAGCACUAAGCAUGACCUUGCUAGACAUAGAAGAAUUCAUACGGGAGAGAAACCAUUUAUCUGUCUGGAGUGUGGAAAGGGCUUUACUGAUAGGAGAAACCUUAUGUAUCAUCAGAGAACUCGCACAGGGGAAAUAACUUUCAAUUGCUUGGUGCUUGCAAAGAGAUCCCGCCAGAGGGGUCCUGACCAAAGUGCUCACACAGAGAUUUCUUUGAAGGUGGAGAACUUGGAUAUUCCUGAUCAUCCCUCUGUUACCGUAAUCGUGGGGCAAGAUGAGGGCUCCGGUGCUAGUGACGCCUCCUCCGAGGUUCCCAGCAAACCAUUCCACCCUGUCACGAACUCAGCCGUGAUUCCAGAUUCUCCUUUCACCGCCCACAGCUCAACAGAGCACAGUCUGCACUGCAUCCAGUGGGAUACUCAGAGCCAUGGUGGGAGAGACUACUUGAUUCCCAGAGUACCCUUUCACCCAGGAAAUGCACUUGACUAAGGGCCUGCUCAGGAACAGGGCUGUACUUAUGAGGCAGACUCCAAUGCAGCUGCAGAAUCCGGGUCAGUCAGAAUAAAUGCUCCCAGAAUUUUCCUUGGUUAAGAAUUCCAGUAGCGCUAUUUGACUCCAUUUACGGUCUCAAGACGGGAGAAACUUAUUUCAGUGUUUAGGGUAUAAACAGAGGCUGAGGCAGAGCACACGUCUUACUUUACAUCCCAGAAACCUCACAGUAAAAAGGAUUUAAAUGCACAUGGGUGAUUAUGUUAAUCAUUCCCAGUAUCCAUAUACUGUUUUCUUUUAAGGACAUAGUUUCAUCAACCAACAUGUAAAUUAUAUAAUGGUUUGGAUCCAAAUGAGGCCUUAGGCGAUCGGCCUAUUCCAGAAAUUAGCGCUUUUUCUAGUUUUGGCUCUUGCCCUCGGAAGUGCUACGUUGCAGUCACGUGCGGAUUGGUGCCAGUGGGUCUAGCCACGCGUGGAAGGCCCCAAUCGGAUCCAACCCAUGACCUCCCAACUGUGUCUUACGACAGAAAGUUGUAUGAUGUAGUGGAGUGGGUGACGUGAUUUUGACAUGCUGUGUUCCUUUUACAUCCUUCUGGAAGCCCCCAAAUGUUGGUGUUGCGUGAUCCCCUAGCACAAUGUUGGAGUGACACCGUGGGCUGCAGAAGAAGGGGGAUGUCCUAGCCAAACCCAAGAGUUUUUUCUGCCUGAGACAACGGGCAAGAAGGUGCAUCCCUUCCUUCCCACGGACAAAUGUUGACCGAACUGGCAUUGAAUUUUAGUUUAACCCUUGCACUCAGGAAAAGCAGACCAGAU